UAGCGCAGCGUGAAGGCGCUUGUGUGUACUAGUGGAAGUAGGAAUUGUAAAUUGGAAAGGCAAAACUUGAAAAUGGCGGAUUUAAGUAACCAAGAAUUAAAUUCGCCUAUGAAUUAUGGUGAUAAAGAUGACGACGAACCAUCAGAUGAAGAUGAAGAAGAAUAUUCAAGGCCUAUACUUAAGAACCGAGGAAGGGGAAACUUUAGGGGGGGCAGAGGGGGGCAUGACUUUGGACCACCGCGGGGACCACCGCCAGGACAUGGGCCUCCCCCGCCUAGGUUUCGUGGGAGAGGGUUCGGACCCAGAGGUCCGCCGUUCAGGGGCCCACCACCACCGCAUUUCGGAGGACCGAGGGGGCCGCGGUUUCGUGGGCCACCGCCGUUUGACCCGAACUGGGGUCCCAUGCCCCCGCCGGGCAUGCACCCCCACCACAUGAUGGGCCCUCCUCCACCGGGAAUGCCACCGCCCCACAUGAUGGGGCCGAUGGGCAUGCCACCCCCCGGGGGCCCGGGACCUGGCCCGGGGGGUCCAGGCCCGGGGCCGUAUGGGCCACCGCCCAUGGGCUGCCCACCUCCGCAGCAGCAGCAACAGCAGCAGCAGCAACAGCAGCAGCAGCAGCAGCAGCAGCAGCCUCCGCAGCAGCAACACCACCAGCAGCAACAGCCACCCAUGAACAAUGUGGGCAGUCCAGGCCCUCCUCCCAACAUGCCGAAUAUGAUGCCUGGACCAGGGGUGGAUCUCACGGGUGAAAUAUGGGUGGAAACGAAGACCGGCGAAGGAAAGUCUUAUUUUUACAACGCACGUACUAGAGAAACCACGUGGACUAAACCAGAUGGCCCAAAUGUGAAAAUUAUCACUCAAGAACAGGUGGAAGUGAUGGCUCAGGCGGUUGGCGUGAACCCGGGGCUCGGUCCCCCCAACUCGGGCCCGAUGCAAGGCGGACCCAUGCCUCAGGGUCCUCCAUCGCAGCCGAAGCCCGACAUGGAUGGACCGGGCGGGCCGCCACCUCACGUCCAGAUGCCAGGAGGGCCGAUGCCAAACACGAUGCAGCCGCCGCCAGGGAUGAUGCAGGGUCCACCGCCAGUCAUGCCACCACCCUUUGGUGGCCCACCCCCACAUUUUGGCGGCCCUCCUCCGUUCGGCAUGCCACCCCCGGGCUUCCAGGGCCCUGGUGCAUAUGGGGGUGGCUACGGUGGCAUGCCGCCACCGGGCCCUUCUGGUCCCUGGGGAAUGCCGCCGGGAAUGGGUGGCAUGCCCCCUCCUGGCCAGCAGCCACCACAAGCCAUAUCGGCUCCACCGAUGGUGGCGGGGAUGCCGCCAGGGAUGAUGGCUCCUCAGCCGACACCCGUACCGCCUGCUCUCAUUGAAGACACAUCACAAAUUGAUCCAGAUAUAGUGAUGAAGGCUGCAGAGUGGACAGAACACAAGGCCCCAGAUGGUCGCUCGUACUUCUACAAUGCCAAGGCUGGUGAAAGUGUUUGGGAGAAACCACAAGCUUUAAAAGACUUUGAAACGGCAAAGCUGGCUGCUGCACAAGGGGUGUCGAUGCUGCCACCCCCUGCAGCAGUGACGUCUGGAGCGCCGACCACUCCGACCACCCCUGCCGCCCAGCAGGCCCCUGGCAGCCCUACAGAGUCCUCUGACGGGGAGCCGGAGCAGGCCCAGCCGGAGUCUGCGGCCGCGGUGGCCAACGGCGACGUCGUGGCGGCAGCAGAGGCCGAGUUGCGGGAGGAGCGAGAGAAGGAGGAGAGGCAGCGGCAGGCGGAGAAAGAGGCGGAGGAGGUGGCGGCCGCUGAGGCCGCCCGCAAGAAGGAGGAGGAGGAGGAGAAAGCCCGGGAGCAGCAGAAGGCACAGGACAAGUCACGACCUGUGUCCAGCACUCCGGUUCCAGGCACACCUUGGUGUGUGGUGUGGACUGGGGAUGGACGUGUUUUCUUCUAUAACCCUUCGUCUCGUACUUCUGUGUGGGAGCGACCGGAUGAUCUGGUUGGGCGAGCUGAUGUGGACAAGAUGGUUACGACCCCUCCGGAAUCUGUCACCAUACAGAUUCAAGCUGCAGCGGCUGCAGCAGAAUCUGCUGCUAACAGUGCCAAUAGUUCUGCUGGAAAGCGAGAGAAUGAAAGCAGUGAUGAUGAACCUUCUUCCAAGAAGCUCAAGAAAGAAGAUGGAACUAAAGACGACAAGGACUCUAAGCAGGAGAAGAAGCAGAUUGACAUAGGCAAGGAGGCAGCCAUUGAAGCAGAGGUGAGGGCUGCCAGGGAGAGGGCCAUCGUGCCGUUGGAGAUCCGCAUCAAAUCUUUCCGAGAAAUGUUGGGCGAGAAGGAGGUGUCUGCCUUCAGCACCUGGGAGAAGGAGCUGCACAAGAUUGUGUUUGACCCACGGUACUUGUUGCUUACCUCCAAGGAGCGGAAGCAGGUGUUUGAGAAAUAUGUGAAGGAGCGUGCCGAAGAGGAACGCAGGGAAAAGAGGAACAAAAUGAGGGAGCGAAAAGACGAGUUCCGUCGCCUAAUGGAAGAUGCAAAUCUUCAUGGAAAGUCAUCAUUCAGCGAUUUUGCUCAAAAGCAUGGAAAAGAUGAACGCUUUAAAAACAUCGAGAAAAUGAGAGAGCGUGAAAGUCUUUUCAAUGAGUAUCUCUUGGAAGUUAGAAAACGUGAGAAAGAAGAAAAGGUUAUGCGCAGAGAACAGAUCAAGCGAGACUUCUUCGCUCUGCUGAGGGACCACCCGGAGAUCGACAGGCACGCGCGCUGGGGGGACGUGAAGAAGAGGCUGGACUCGGACUCGCGCUACAAGGCCGUGGAGUCGAGCACGGCGAGGGAGGACUGGUUCCGCGAGCACCUCAAGAUCCUCAAGGACGAGCGCAAGCGUGAGAAGGAGCGCGACAGGGAGAAGAGGGACAAGGACAAGCACGAGACCAGGGACAGGGAGCGUGACAAGGAGAAGGAGAGGGAGAAGGAGCGCAAGAAGGAGGAGUGGAAGGAGAUGGAGACAGAGGAAAAUGGAACUGAGGGAGAGCACGAGCAGCGCAACUCGGAGGACGAGCGGGAGAAGGAGCAGAAGGACAAGGACCGGCAGGCGCGCGCAGAGGCGAGCCUGCGCGAGAGGGAGAAGGAGGUGCAGCGCACCCUGGCCACACACCUGCGCGACCGCGACAAGGAGCGCGAGCAACACAAGCACGACGAGGCCGUGCAGCAUUUCAACGCGCUGCUGGCCGACUUGGUAAGGAACUCCGAGCUUGGUUGGAAGGAAGCAAAGCGCCAACUGCGCAAAGAUCAUCGCUGGGAACUGGCUGAGCUUCUGGAUCGUGAAGAAAAAGAGAAAUUCUUUAAUGAACACAUUGAACAACUGUCCAAGAAAAAGAAAGAAAAGUUCAGAGAACUUUUGGAUGAGACAGAAGGAGUGGCUUUGACUAGCUCAUGGAAGGAGAUUAAAAAGCUCAUUAAAGAAGACCCAAGAUACACAAAGUUUUCAUCCAGUGAUAGGAAAUGUGAAAGAGAAUUCAAAGAAUACAUCAAAGAUAAACUGGUUGCUGCAAAGGCAGAUUUCAGGGAAUUGCUUCAGGAGACGAAGCUGAUCGGUCACAAGACGCUGAAGUUGGUGCAAGAGAACGAACACCACAUGCAUGAGAUAGAGGAGAUCCUGAAGAAGGAUAAGCGCUACCUCAUCCUGGACUACAUGCCGGAGGAGCGUACCAAGCUCAUCAUGACUUACCUGGAGGACCUGGACAAGCGAGGGCCCCCUCCCCCACCCACUGCCUCUGAGCCAACGCGCCGCCCCGCCAAGUGAACAGAUCUGUGUACUCUGCUUUUAACAUGUCCCCAUCAAGCUCACAACUCAUUUCAAUAUCCUAAUUGUAAUUUCUAGUCAUCUAAUUAAAUAAUAUUUACUUUAGGUUUCAUUUUUGCAACUACAGCCCCCUAAUUUUUAUUAAUAAUUGUAAGGCUACCAUUGUAGCAGGAAAAUUUUUUUUUAUCUGUAGAAACAUUUUGUAUGUUGGUCUAAAAAAAUGAGUAUAAUACAUGGGUUGUUGCUGAUAUCAACCUUUAAUAAGUAUUUUUCUACAGUUUCCACCUUCUACAUUAGAACCCUGUUAUAACAUUUUCAAGGGACGUAACAAAAAAAACAUAAGCAGGAAAUAUGACUUGUCAGUGUUUGAACCUUUUACCAAUGGACUCAUCAAGCUAUGUAAAUACAGUAAAUAUAAUGUUAAGACCACUGAUGGGUGCACUCGAUGCUCAAAUUUGCUCAAACAAUUUUUCUCCUUAAUGCUUUCAGCUUCUAAUUCCUUUAUCUUUAAAGACACACUGCCCCACAUUUCUGUAAAAUUGUCUUACAAUUCAUGACUAUGAUGUUUAGAGUCGGUUUGCUUAUUUUCAAUUCUUUCGCCACUUGAAAAUGUGUAAUUUUGGAAUUCCAUCCUACGAAUGUAAUAAAUUAAACUUUUAUCAGCAAUAGAGAACACUUUUUUUGCCAUCACAAAAUGGCAAAGUACAUCUGCAAAACACUACUAGAAUGGCAAGGAAUGAAAGGAUUUUUUUUAUUCGUGACAGGGAUGCCAACACAACUGGAAACAUUAUGUACCUUUACGACGUUAGCAAGCACUUAAGUGUAGCACUAGAGUUCUGGCACACUUAAAUUUCAUUUUUGAACACAAUACUAUUUGAGCAAUCUACACCUUAGAGGUGAUUGUAAACAAAAAUGUAUGUAAAUUGAAAAGUAAACCUUUUCACAAGUAAACUUCACAGAUGGGAUAAGUGUUGGAAUAGUUAGGUUUUUAAACCUUUUUUUUACAUUAUGAAUUUCAAAAAGAUGUCAUAGCAGGAAAUCCACCAUUCGUGAAAUAUUAUGUGCAGGAAAUACAUAGGUUUUUAAGGGGAAAAUGUUAGGAGUUAAAAAAUAUGACAUUAUAAUUAAAAUAAAAAACAUUAUGAGCAGGAACAUUAUAACAGGGUUCUUCUACUGUUGUUGGUUUUACAUGGAACAUGGUGUAAUUUAUUACGCACUUUCAUAGAUUCAAAGUUAUUAUUGGCAAUGUUGGAGGGGCAUUUUGCAUUGUGUAAAGCAAUUUCCCUGUAUUAUUGUAUCUGUCAUACAUUAAUUUUUACUUUGAUGAAUGUUUUAUUUUCAGCAAUAUUUUGCAGUAUUGAUUUUGACUUUUGAGCUGUAAUUUGGAGCAUGCAGAAUAUUGCAAGUAGUAAUUGCGGAUCCUUUCGUACAUAGAUUAUUUUUUACUGUUGGCAGUUAUGUAGUUUUACAUGUGAGUGUGUUCUUUGUGGUUGAAAUAUUGUAAUGUGAGUUAUGUAUAAAAAUUGCUUGGUACAUAUUUGUAUUUGUGAUUUAGAAACUUGACAUUAUAAAUGACUUGCUGUCUUGAAUGUUUUACAUUCAUUUACAUUUUAUGUUGUUUCCAAAAAUAAAUAUAUUGUCUGAGUUAACU